AUGUAUAAAACGAAUAUCUGGAUACCUGGCAUGCCCAAGCUAGAAAAUCUUUAUAAGAAUUCGGCGUGUAUCAACAACGAAGACUUCGAAUCUUUCAGAAAUAUCGUACAGCGUGCUUUGGCACAACCGCCUUUUAUACCUGAUGAAUCAUUUAAUGAUAUUACUCAUUUUGUAAUGAUCGAAUUUAACAACUUAAAUCAGAUAUGCCUCAAUAUAGCUAAACAUGGCCUAACGAUAUUCGUAAAAAGUUUAUUACGUGAUGGAGUAAACCCUAACCGGGUGAACAAGUUCUUCAAAUCCGCGCCUAUUCAUUUCGCCACCAAAGGCGGACAUUUCGACACGUUGAAAGCUUUACUAGCUGAGCCGAUGGUAAAUCCUAAUCUCCAGGCUGGACGAAAGACCGCUCUGCAUAUCGCGGUGAACAGAAACGACCGAAGGUGUGCUUUAGUGCUUCUGCAAAAAGGUGCUAACGCUAAUAUUUCUCAGCGAAGGCCAGCCUGCUCUCUAUCUAGCGGCAGUGAAGGGAGAGUGCGACAUGGUAGAACUAAUACUACGAAGACACGAGCAAAACUUAGAUAA